GGCACGAAGGAACGCGAUUGGUUGAAUCAGAGCUGUGGAGUCGGUCGGUUUGUUGAGCUCGUGAGGGGCUUGGCUGCGGGAAGGAGCCAGUAUGGAGUCACCGCGGGACGUUCGAAUGUUUAAACGGAACGAUAGGACAAGGUCCAGCAUAUCGUCAUGUUCAUCCCUCGCCAUGGAGAUGAAGAGGAAGAAGAUAAGAGACGGUGUCUUGGUUGUACAAAACGAGGACUGUAAUCUCCAAGAGAAGAUGGACUUUGAGAUGCGAAUGAGAGCAGGGGCAUAUAAGCUUCUGGUGGCCAGUACCAAGAGAGAACAGAUCCUCGAUGCAGCCAAGAGCCUGUUAACCUGCAACACACGAAUCAAAGCCUACAUGACCGAGGCACAGAGGAGGAAGGAGCUGCAGGAUGUGAAUGGAAGUCUUAGAAAGAGGACUUCAGAUUCACAGAAUGGAACGCCUUGCAGAGGCAAAGUAGCCAUAACUGGUCUGCGGAUCCCACUAUUUUGGAAGGAUUCUGAGCACUUUAACACCAAAGGGAACUCUCAGCGGGUUGCAGUUUUCUGUCUAAUGAAGAUUGGCACUGAGAUAUUUGACACAGAAAUGGUGAUUGUAGACCGAACAGUGACUGAUAUCUGCUUUGAGGGUGUUACCAUCUUUUCUGAGGCUAAGCCGGACUUUGAACUGGCUGUUGAGCUAUACAGCUGUGCAGUGGAAGAAGAGGGAACUUUGGUCAACACACCAAAAAAACUGGCCAGGAAGCUGCGGUCCUCUUUUGGGAAAGGAUCUGGAAGGAAACUCUGCCCCCUUCUGGAUGGAGAUCCUGAUGGUUUUCUUCAGUCCAACCCAAUACCACCUGGAGCAAAAUAUGCACUUUUGGCAUACACAUCUCUGGGAUUGGAGCAGACCGGGAACUCAUUUCAGUCUCACUCACUCAUAGUUUUACAGAAUGUGGAAGCAUCAUCAUGGCUGCCUCUCUAUGGGAACUUGUGCUGUCAGCUGGUGGCUCAGCCUGACUGCAUGACACAGGAUGUGAUGUGUGGUUAUCUUAGCCAGCAGCAAAGUAUUGAGGGUUUGCAGCACUGCUGCAGGCUGUACUGUGUGCUGAAAGCUGGUCUGCUCUCCUGUUACUUCACUCCUGAGGAGAUUCAAGCUAAGAUAGAGCCCAGUGUAAUAAUCCCCAUAAACAAGGACACCCGCCUUCGUGUAGUGGAGGGCAACCAGAAAGGUGGGGCUAGACUGAGCAUCAUUAAUCCAGGGACAGGAGACCCUGCUUGCCAUGUAUUCAUAGCCGAGACACCUGACCUACUGCAGGACUGGUUCAGUGCUCUGUUGCAACACAUCUAUGAUCAGAGUCAGUGGAAGCACACCUGUGAUAAGCUGAUGGAAAUUGAGGUUUUGUCCCCACGGAAACCCCCACUUUUUCUUACAAAGCAAGCUGAUUCGGUCUAUAAUGAUCUCAGUAUUGGCUCACCAGGAAAAUUCGAGAGUUUGACAGACAUAAUUCAUAAUAAGAUUGAAGAAACAGAUGGACGCUUUCUUAUUGGUCAGGAGGAGGAAAGAGAGCCUCCUCAUUGGACAGCACUGUUCGAGGGCUCCCGGCCAAUGUUGGUGCAGAAGACUGUGCUGUCACCAGGUAAAGACAGUGCCCAGUUCAUGUCCAGUCCUGGCUUAAACAGCAACAGCAACAAGAAGAGAAGAGCACCUCCACCACCCCCUGACAAAUUACCAUUUGUCCAUCCCACUGUCCACCCAUCAUGUCCUCCAUCCUACCAGGAGAAAGAGAACUCCAACAAGGGGAUCAGGCCUCGUACCGGGCGACCAUCACUGGAUGCUAAAUUCUCAGCCAUCAUUCAACAGUUACAGAAGAGCCAAGGACCCUCCCGCAAAAAUCCACCUUUAGCCCAGGUCGAGCCGUCUCAGAACCUUUACGUUCCAGUCAAGGUAGAUACCGAGCUCAGCUUGUCUGAACAUGCAGAAAAAACAAGCGCCCAGGCACCUCAGCCACCUUUGCCUGCCCCGAGAAAUAAACUGAGGAAGUCCUUUAGAGAGAAGAUGAACCCCAAAGCUUGGUGAACUACUAUAGUUACUUGGUGUCUUAACAAACACUCAAAUCAGCUAUUCAGAUGAAAGCCCUUUAUCCUUACCUUUUUCUACCCAUUUCAACACCACUACAACUGUAAUUUAUAAUCAAAUAUGUUGGACUUUUUCUUUGGGCUGCAGGACUGUAGAGCAGAACUGAAAUAUAUCAUGCAUGUCUUUUUAAGAUAAGCAUACCGAAAAUAAAGAGACUCGUCAUAUAGUGUGUACUUCUGAUAAAGAACUUUGCACAUGGAGUUGCAAGAAUGCACAUUAGGGGACUGCAGUGGGCAUUAAGUCUUGUCUUCAUGUUUGUUUACAGCAUGCAUUAAAUAUGGAAAUAACUUGGGCAUUAAACAGGUCUUAAACAUUGGAUAUUAGUAGUAAUAAAAGUAAAAGAAACAAUAACCACUAACUACAAACAUGUAUAGACAGAUUUUAACUUUGCUAUUUUUUUUUGUUCAAGACUAAUCAUUCAUGCAUGUGUUCUCUUUUCAUUUAAUCAUAAAUGUAUCACCUGUAAUUUCAGAAGUGUGUUGUAUUGUGUAGAUGUUUCCUGAAAUUGUACUAGGACGAUUGUUGACUGUCUAUAUUGUUGAUUGUUAAAUGCUAAAUUGUGACAAAUACUACAGUGCCUAUUAAACCGCACUUGAAUUUAGUUCAUAGGAUUUAAAUAUCCUUUCGAUAUUGGUGAAUCUUUAUAUUGAAAUGUAAAAUAUUACUUGUCUGGUUAUAGUUGUGGAAUGUUGCAUAAUAUUGAGAUGGGGAGGAUGAAAGUGAACUGGAACAUUGACCCUUUUCUAACUUUUUUUUAUUAACAUUUUUUAAUUGUGACUGAGUUGAAUGUCCAUAUUCCUUCUCCAAAUGAUGUGAAUUAAUUCAUGCAACUAAGAGACAUUCAUUUCACAGUGGUAGUUAUAAUAGUUAAUUAUGCAAUACUUACAAUACCUUUCUCUUAACUGUAAUGGUUUGCUUUAAUUCAUAUCAAGUACAUUUCUAUUUUUUGCAGGUCAUGUCAUUUCUUUGCUGCAUGGUCCAGAAUAAAGCACUCUGUCAAACA